GAGAGCGCGGCCGUGGCGGCGCGAGACCGGACGGACGGACGGACGGCCUCUUGGUCAUUUACCAUUCGCGGAUCGGCGCACUCGCGAUCGGGCUCUCCUCGCCGUUUUCUUUCGAUCUAGUGCCGGCGCGAUUUACGUGAUCUACGCGAGAUGCGCGUAAAACAGAAGUAAUCCGUUCUCGUUGCUCCGUUUUCUCUCUCUGCUCGUUGCAUCCUCGUUGCAACCGACGUGCGCGCAGAACCGCACGGCUUUGGCCCACCGAGUUUGUGUGUUGUACCGUAUCAGCAAUUGUUCGCUGACGGCUAUUCUCUCGAGUUCUCUGGCGCGCGAGUUCUCCGCCGAUCCCGUGAGAAAGGUGCCCGUGGAAUUCCUCGUGCCUCUUCCAAGACGACCAAAGUGCAGGAGGGAUUAAGAAGCACCGCCGAAUUGCAGCGGACGAUUCGCGUCCUGCAAAAUUUGACGUCGAUAGAUUGGCUGCUCUCUGUCUCUCUCUGUCUCUCUCCCCCUUUCGUCCUUUCCCUCGAUCAGGUAUGUUUUUUUUCCCGCCUGCGUGCGUGCACCAGCAGAGGUACCACAGGUACACUGAAACCGGUGUGCGUCGGUGUAAUUAUUUUAACGUGCAGCGCAGGAACGUGCGGAACCCGGCUUCGAAAAGCGAUGCUUAUAUUUCGACGGUGUUUUCGGCGAAACGAACGAGAAACGAGAGCUUGCGCAGAUUGCCGCUGCAUCUCGAUCCCGGGGGAUUAUGGUGUGUGGUGCGCGAAAGUAUCCGGCGAUUUAAAUUCCCGCAUAUGCGUGCCGCACUGCCGUUCGUUAUUUAUUGCACGAUACACGCGCAGCGAUGUUAACGGAAAUACGAGCGAUUUUCAAUUUACUGCCGUUGUUGGCCGCGCGUUUUUAACGUUUCGAUUGCCGUUUUAAUUUAGCCGAGUCGCGUGUGCUCGUCUGCUUGUUGUUGCGCGAGAUCUAAUCGUGAUGACACCUUGACGAAUCAGCGGAUCAGUAUUUGAUUUUAACAGGCUUUUACAAAUCGUGUCCGUGCUUUUGGAGUUUAACGAAACUUCAAAAUAUGUCAAAGCCGACAGUCGUGCUUUUAUAUUCGUUAUCUUGUAAAAAAUGAUUUUAAUACUUUUAUAAAUAACACGCGGUAGAAUAUUAGUAUCUUUAUUUUUAAUGUUAUUGAGAUGUGCAUCAAUUUCUGUGAACAUUUUCGUCUAACUAAUCUGUAUUUCCUAUGUGCUAAUUUUGUUUAUACUGUGGGACCAUUUUGACGUCAUUGCCCGAGCGUUGCUCCGAAAUCUGCACAUUACCCCAAUUUCCACAGAACUCAUAAAUUUGGCGACGAUAUAAACAUCUCCUCUUGCGCUCCAGCUUGCAUUAUUGAUGCAGGCACAAAUCUUACUUUUCCAAUCUAUCAUUCCCGGUCCCGUUCUCUAACAAGAGCAGCGCGACACUUGACCAACGGCGAUACAUUCCAUCCCGUUAAUACCUGCUUCCGUUAAUUCUCCUUUAUCCAGUUGGUCGGAGCUGAAAUACUCGCUCGGAUGAUGGAGAAAACAGUCGCAUAACGAAGAAAUGAGGAUGACCAAGGAAAGCAUUUAAGACGUUUAAUCGGCUAUCGUGUUUUAUUUCACACUUAGCUCUAGGAAGUGCCAUCAUUAAGCACAAUUAUAUACGCUGAGAGAUUCAACGAAUCCUCACGUGCCCCAGUUUCUGUCCCACAUUUGGCCUUUCUUUUAAUUCCGUCUUAGUAAUAUCACGUAACGGGACAAAUAAUGAAACAUUAAAAAACAUUUUCACCGUGAGAAGCGCGCGAGGAUUCACACCGUGGAGUAAUUCUAGAAAACCGAGAUAAGUCGGAGACCUGUUAAACUCCCGUUGCAUUCCUGGGAUUAAAAGAGGAGCAGUCUCACAUUCCGAUAAAAAAACAAAUCCCUUUCUUUAUUUCCUCAAAAAAAUGCUACUGAAUCUGUAAUAUUCGAUAUCGAGUUAUUUUUCAAGUCUCAGGAUCAACAUCUUCGAAGAUGUUGCUCCUCCAACAAGCACAAUAAGAAAAUAAAUAACUAAAACCAUCCACACUUUUCGCGGCUCCUUUCGCUUCCAAAGUCUCACCAGCGACCGCACGAUUUCUCUGUUGCAGAUCAGACGCAUCCGCGACGCUGUUGUACACCAACGAGCGUCCAAUUGAGGCCCGACAAUGAUGAGACCGUGUAGUCGCCGACAUCUAGUCGCGAUAUUUCUACUGCUACAGACCGCCUUGAAGUAUGGCCACGCGGUUCACGCGCUUUCCGCGGAAUCGGCGCACGCGGCCGACCUGUCGCCGUCGUCCGCGUCCGUUCCAUCCGGCCUGUCCGGCCCGGAUUACACCGGGCCGUCCGCAGGCUCGGACGAGUGCGAUCCCGAGAUGGUCGGCUUCGAGCUGGUAACCGGCUACGUGUUCACCGCGCCCACGAACAUGCUCGAGUCCAUACCGGGCACGUUGAUGCUCACCGACUGCCUCGAGACUUGUCAGGCGAACGACUCCUGCCAGGCGGUCAACUACGAGACGGGCCUUUGCGUCCUAUUCAGCUCUAACGCCGACAGCAAUCCAGGUGCGCUGUCACAGUCCCAGUUCCCCGUGUUCACGAUCUACGCGCAGAAGAGCUGCCUCGCGGUGAAGCCCUGCGAGCGGGCAUGGUGCAUCGACAGAGUACAGGGACACCGCCUUCAGGGUCACGCACGCAGGACCAUGACCGCCUCUUCGCGGCAGCAUUGCCUCGAGCUCUGCCUCGGCGAGCGAGACUUCCUGUGCCGAUCCGCUAAUUACAUCAACGCCACCAAGCAAUGCGAGCUCUCGGACAUGGACAGGCUGACGGUAGCCGGUUCGAGUGCCUUCCAGACGGCAAAGGGGGUGGACUACCUGGAGAACCAUUGCGUCGAGGAGCCGGUGAAGCUGUGCGAGUUCAAGAAGCUGAGCGGCCGCAUACUGAAGACCGUGGAUUCCGUCUACCAGGACGUCGGCACGUCCGACGAGUGCCGCGAGUUGUGUCUGAACUCGCCAUUCCGCUGCCACUCAUAUGAUUAUGGCGAUACCGGUGACAUGGUCUGCCGUCUCAGCCAUCACUCCCGUGCCACCCUCUCGGACAUUCAGGAACCCUAUCUCGACGUGCCGGAAGCGUCCACGUACGAGCUGAGCUCCUGCUACAACGUGACCAUCGACUGCCGCGCCGGCGACAUGGUGACCAGAAUCCAGACGAGCAAGCUCUUCUUCGGCAAGGUGUACGCGAAGGGCUCGCCCAACUCGUGCGUGCAGGACGUAAAGGGCGCACUCGAGUUCGAAUUGCGCAUGGCGUAUGACGAUCUCGAGUGCAACAUCAGGCAGCAGGGUCUUGGCCGUUACUUGAACGACGUGGUGAUCCAGCAUCACGACACCAUCGUCACCAGCUCCGACCUCGGGCUGGCCGUUACCUGUCAGUACGAUCUCACCAACAAGACCGUGUCGAACGAGGUGGACCUCGGCGUGCACGGCGACAUCACGCCCGCGCUCUCGGAGGAGGUGAUCGUCGACUCACCCAACGUCGCCAUGAAGAUCACCGAUCGCAGCGGCAACGACGCCGUGCCGUCCGCCGAGGUUGGCGAUCCGCUCGCGCUCAAGUUUGAGAUACUCGACCCCAACAGCCCGUACGAGAUUUUCGUCCGCGAGCUCGUUGCCAUGGACGGUGUGGACUCCAGCGAGAUCAUCCUGAUCGACUCCAACGGCUGCCCAACCGAUCACGUCAUUAUGGGACCGCUUUACAAGUCGCCCAAUACUGGCAAGAUACUGCUGUCGCACUUUGACGCCUUCAAGUUCCCGAGCUCGGAGGUGGUGCAGUUCCGCGCCCUCGUCACCCCGUGCAUGCCGACCUGCGAGCCGGUGCAGUGCGACCAGGAGGAGUUGACCGGUGAGCUGCGCUCGGUCAUCUCCUUCGGCAGACGUCGUCGUCGCCGUCGUUCCGCCACCUCCCAGAGCCGCGAGGAUCUCCUGCUGGUGCAGUCCAUCCAGAUCACGGACAAGUUCGGCUUCGACCGCGACGGCAAGUCGCCGAACGCCACCUCGGCGACGAGGGACACCGUGUUCAUCGAGAGCGAGGACAUAUCGUCGACGAUGGGCGUGUGCAUCAACCUGGGCGAAGCGAUCGUGGCCGGUACCGUCUUCCUCGUCGCCCAGAUCGCCAUCAUCGCCGCCUGGACCUUCACUUGGCAGCGGCGCCGGCAGAUGCUGAAGCACCAGGAAGCGCUCUCCGUCUCGGUGUCCGUGCCGGGAUUGCACACCGUGCCCGGGCGCACCGACAGCCUCUGUAAGUUGUACGACGCCGGCUACUCCGCGCGUCGCUUCUGAGACACGCGCGUGUGCGAGACGACACGUCGCCCCGACCCCGACCCCGGGAAAGAAAGAAAGAAAGCAAGCAAGAAAAGUCAAAAAAUAAUCCGUCCCGAAACACGACACAAUCGUCAAUCUCGUCUUCCUGCGUAAAUCGCUGUCACGAUCAUCGAUUCACGGCUGACUCCACACGGACGUGAGUUUUUCCAAAGGGACCGCGGCGGGUCACGAAGAUGGGGUCGAGCGCGCAUGUCAAUGGUGCUCGAAACGCUCGGCGGACGAUGCUCUCACGCACGGCUCUCUCUUCGAAUCUUUCCCCGGAAUGUCGACGGACGGGGCUCUCGGCUCCGACCUGCUGCACGUACGUACGCGUACGUACAAGGGCUUCCGCGAGUGCGGUCCGCCUUGCGAGGUUGCAGCCAAUAUACGUGGCUCUCUCAGUGAAGUACGGCCUUUACCAUCCGCGCUUGCCCGCGAUGCACUCGGGUGCAGGCUUCGCAGAGGCGUUCUGCUAAUUCUAAUUAGAUUCGGUUAGAUGGGCAGAUCGCGAAGUUCGCCGAGCGCAUCGGGCGUACAGAGAAAGAGAGAGAGAGAGAGUGGGAGAGAGGGAUGAUCGUUCCGAUCGGGAAUCGCUACGCGUCCGGAACGUUUCUUGUAUCCGCAUCACUGUAUUAGCGCACGAUCGCAUACCACGUGUCCCCUUUUAUUGCCGAACUUCAUCUCGCCGCAGCUGCGAGGGAACCGAUCGAUUUCGCGAGCAUCGCUUAAGCAAGGUUGCUUUCAUCCCUGCUCUCGGGCAGCAAUUACGCAUUCGCGUACGCGCACAGACACACAAUACGCGGCACAUAUACACAGGCGAAGAUGCACUACCGCGAGAUGUAUCGCGAGGUGGAUCAUCGAACGGAAUAAUUAGGCACGAUUGCGCUUGAUCGCUCGGCGUGCGUCUGUCGCUUACUCCGGGCGCAAAUAUCAGCAUUUCCCGAUCGACAUUUCCAUCCAAGGUCGGCGCAGCGAAUCAUACCGAAUGUGUAUCAUCAAUCUCGUCUUUCUGUCCCUUCUUUCGCCGGGGCGGCCGGUUAUUUCGUGGAAGGAGCAAGGCUGCAAUUACGAUCCGUACCGGCAACCUUUAAUUAACGUGACGUUUCUCAGUGUCCAAGCGGCCUUCGUGCGUGUGCGUACCCCCCCCCCCCUCGUUCGGCCAGAACGGAGUCCCGUCCAAGAAGAGGACGCUUCUCAGAAGCAGAUUGAAAGCGGCACGAUAAGGAAAAA